GUUUUCUAUCCAACGAAAAUCAUCAUGUUGAAAGCGAUAUUAAUAGUUCCAUUCGUGUUAACAACAUAGAGGAGACCUUGAAACUUCCAACAAAGUACGUCAACGAUAUAACGAGCUCGCGGGAAAAAGAAGUCAUAAAACCGAGGACUCAGGCAUAAAUAAUACAGUUGGUGGUGGUAUCGACAAAUCCUUACGAAGGCACGUUUACGAAACAACGUCCCACUUCAGAGAUGACCAGUGGAAUGAUAGAAUGUAGGGAUUUGGGAGCAAACCUGAAGAAUGUUACACCUACACCGAAAUUAAUGUCAAACACCGAUGAAUUAACAGUAGGUGUUGACGAUGUGGACUAUACGGAUUUUCGGUUUGAGGCUGCAAGAUUGGACAGUUAUGCCAAUUGGUCUACGUCGUAUGUAAAACCCAAGACACUCGCAGCCGCUGGUUUUUAUUAUACUGGUAAAGAGGACGCCGUGAGAUGCUUCGAAUGCCGCUUGGCAUUGCGUAAGUGGUCGCCAGACGACAAUCCUUGGGUGGAUCAUCAGCGAUUUUCCGACAAGUGUAGAUUCAUCCGCGGUAUUCCUUGCGGGAACGUACCGAUUGGUGUCGAUCCCGAUACGAUACCGCUACCAGAAUUGAGGAGUCGUGAUUUAUGCGGCGUGUACGGUAUACAAUAUCGACCUAAUGCCGUUGUCGAUGUUCCCGUCGACGUCUAUUUCGAGAACACCAAGACACCGAAUACGAUCAGUCUCGGCGAAUUGCAAAGCGCGAAAUAUCCCGAAUAUGCCAACAUUAGCGACAGAAUAUCUACUUUUGAAACAUGGCCAGAGACGAAGGUCCAAACGAAGGAACAACUGACGGAAGCUGGCUUUUAUUUCGCCAAAAAAGGGGAUCGAACCAUCUGUUACUAUUGCGGGGGAGGUUUGGAGGACUGGGAGCCAAACGACGUGCCUUUGCAGGAGCACAUAAAAUGGUUUUCCAAGUGCAAAUACGCCUUAAACAAGCUGGAAGCUCAGAAUACGAACUCAUUCGUGUCAUCUCGCAUAUGAUAUCACCAGAGAAAACAAGCCGGUCCAGAAUAGGUUGCGAACGUCCAGUUGCGAGUUACGAAGGAUGGCGACUACUAGUUGCAAGGUGCUGUUUCCAGUUUCCAGUUGCACGAGACAGUCGCCGCAGUUGCUAAAAGAGAGUUAAAAGUUGGGUAAAGCCCGGUCCAGAAUAGGUUGCGAACAGUUGCGAGUUGCGAAUUGCGAAGGAUGGCAACUACUAGUUACAAAGUGCUAUUUUCGGUUGUAAGAGACAGUUGCGAUUGCCGGUUGCCGUCGCCGGUUGCCAAGAAGUUAAAAGUUGGCCAACUCUCCUUCAGCAACCGCAACUGUUUUACGAUCGAAAAUAACACUUUGUAACUAGUAGUCGCCAUUCUUCGCAACUCGCAAUUGGGUGUUUGCAACCUAUUCUGGACCAGGCUUAACUCUUUUCUAGCAACCGCGACUGUCUCUUGCGACUAGAAGAAUUGCACCUUGCAACUAAGUAGUUGCCAUCCUUCGCAACUCGCAACUGGGCGUUUGCAGUCUACAGGGUGGGUGAUUAUAAGUUGCCAACC